AGUACACAAUUUACAGCAAUCAUUGUAGUACCAUUUGAAAAUAUGGGAUAUUUCUGCUACUCCGUGAGGAACAAAGUGGAUACAACUUCAGAGUGGCAAUUACAACAGCAUGUAAAUAUGCAAAACAAGCCUUCUUUCCAGUCCUGUUGAGUCAGAGUCUGUGGAAAGCCAGGCGAUCUACCAUGCUUGUCCCCCCACCCCUCCAUCCAUGCAGACAAUUGCACCUGCCCCGCACACAACUCCACCCAAAACAAAAAGCAGAGGGAUCAACACUUCCCUCUCUGUUCCCUUCAUCCAUCCUCUCCCUCUCAUUUCUCCCCCCUCUAUUCAUCUCAUCACUGUCCUCCUCAUCCCACCUCCUCCACUGUGCCUGCCCCAGGACUUCUACCAAGCGAACCCUUCCAGAAUCCGUCACUUUCCCGGUGUUUCACUGGCUCACGCUGGUCACAUGCUGCCUGCUGCCCUCUCUGAUCGGAGCAGGGGAGACGUGGGGCGUCGUUUCGGCCUGCCCGUUCCACUGUGUGUGUCGAAACUUAUCGGAAUCGCUCAGCACGCUCUGCGCCGAUAAGGGCCUGCUCUUCGUGCCGCCGCAUGUCGACCGGCGAACGGUGGAGCUGCGGCUCGCAGACAACUUUAUAACAGAGGUGGGCGGGAAUGACUUUGUCAACAUGACCGGACUGGUUGAUCUGACACUGUCGAGGAACACGAUACACCUGAUUCGACCUAUGGCCUUUGCUGACCUGGAAAGUCUGCGCUCUUUGCACCUGGAUGGUAACCGCUUGACAACGAUUGGACCCAAGGACCUUGCAGGUUUGACUAACCUGCAACACCUGAUAGUCAACAACAACCAGCUGGUGAAAGUCUCCGUCGAGGCUUUUGAUGACUUCCUGCUCACUCUAGAGGACCUCGACAUGUCCUACAAUAAUCUUCGGAGGGUGCCAUGGGAGUCUAUUCAAAACAUGGCCAGUCUCCACACUCUGAACCUGGACCAUAACCUAAUAGACCACAUAGCAGAAGGAGUCUUUGGAGAGCUUUAUAAGCUGGCGCGGCUGGAUAUGACCUCCAACCGGCUCAGGACUCUGCCACCUGAUCCAUUCUUUGCAAGAUCACAGACGGGAGCGAUUAGUCCAACUCCCUACAAUGCUGUCAUAAGCCUGAAUUUUGGAGGGAACCCACUCCACUGUAACUGUGAGCUGCUGUGGCUGAGGAGGCUAAUCAGAGGGGACGACAUGGAGACAUGCGCCACUCCGACACACCUGGCUGGAAGAUAUUUCUGGUCAAUCCCAGAGGAGGAGUUUACGUGCGAACCACCUCUCAUCACCCGUCACACCCACAAGCUGUGGGUGCUGGAGGGACAGCGUGCCACUUUAAAAUGCCGUGCCAUUGGAGACCCUGAGCCAAUAGUCCACUGGGUUUCUCCAGACGAUCGCAUCGUUGCCAACUCUUCCCGGACCAGCUCCUUUAGCAACGGGACUCUGGAUAUCUUGGUGACGGUGGCCCGGGAUGAUGGAGCGUACACAUGUAUUGCGAUAAAUGCAGCAGGUGAAGCUACCGCCACGGUGGAUUUGAAAAUAAUUCCCCUGCCUCACCGAGGCGGGGUCAGUGGAAACACUGGGGUAAACGCCGUUAACGGAAAAAACAACAGGAGUACGACCAAUGGGAUUUUACGGACAGAUCCAGGUUCGUCGGAUAUCAGCACAGGGAAAAACGGAGGGAUUAACAAUGGCGCGGGACGCGGAGCAGAGUCCGACAACGGGAGUUUAGGAGACGGAGAGGCCAACGAAGGAGAGAGCGGAAAAUCCUCUGAGGGAGAGAGGGCAGAUGGAGGAAGCAUGGAGGAUGACGAGGGGGGCGAGGAGGAGGGCAGGAUGGUUGGAGUACAGGGAGUGACCUCCACCUCGGCUCAGGUGCGGUGGGAUUUGGGACGUUUGUCCGAAGCGUACGUUGUGUGGAUGUAUCAGAUACAGUACAACUGCACUGCCGACGAGACCCUCAUCUACAGGAUCCUCCCAUCCACCAGCGACCGCUUCCUGCUGAAGAACCUGGUUUCUGGCGUGGACUACAACCUGUGUGUGCUGGCCAUUUUUGACGACACAAUCACCUCACUGGCUGCAACGAAAGUCCUGGGCUGCACCUCCUUCUCCACCAAGGACGUGUACCCGGCGUGCCGCUCGCUCCAAGCCCACUUCUUGGGCGGGACGCUCACCAUACUGGUGGGCGGCGUCGUGGUGGUCACCCUGCUCGUGUUUACCGUGGCGCUCAUGGUCCGCCAUCGGGUUUGCAACCACGGCGACCACAUGUUCUGUCAAAACGGCAACACGGAGGCCGGAGGCGGGGCCUGCUGCCAGGGCGGAGGGGUCGGAUGUGGGGACAAGGGGGGGAACGGGGGCGGGUGUUACCAGUCCAACGGCUCUGGAGACGUGAUGAUGGUGGUCCUUCCCAACGGCCUGCCCUCCAAGAGAGGAGGCGAGGCGGAGAAAGACAAGGACAAGGAGAAAGACGGAGCCGAUUCCGCUUCCCCUCUGCCUCCCAAACUGCCCCCAAAGCCCCGGCCGAAGCCCAGAGUCAACCUGGAGCAGUUCCUGUCAGCCGGAGGGGUGGUUUCCACGACGACGGGGGCGGGCAGCGAGAUGGCCUUGGUGGUGAGGCAGAGGAAGGCACUGCUGCACAACCUAGAAAGUGACAGAACUCCCCUCUACUACUCCCCCUCCCCUUCGUCCACGCUGCCCCGGCAGUCUCGUUCCAGGGACCGCCCAAAUCCGCGGCUGGAGCGAGAACUGACGAACCGAGCCAGCUUCUCCCUGGCUGCCCCCCUGAGGGACUCGGAGCUGCUGGACUGGAGAAUCACACCCAGAGGCAGGGACAAAUGGAACUCCUCGCAGGCUUAUCAGAGCCCCGUCUCCCCUCUGAGCCCCGCCGGUGGGACUGUUGGCAAGCGGCGACACUCGCUCGACAUGGGCUCCUCUGUUGCCUUAGCAACCGAUGCGGCCGCAACUGUUGCCAGGCGCUACGGCGCCGUGAGCUGUGCCAAGCGGCUGAGCGUGAUCUGGACGAGACGGAGUCAGUCCCUGCACGGGAUGCUGGUGCAGUGCGCGUCGACGACGAGUGCCGCCUCGUCGACGACCAGCGACGAGGGCGAGAGCAUCGGGGGCCUCGGGGGCCCCGACUUCAAACGGGGGUACAUCCACGCCUAUAACACCACCAACUCAAACUCAAACACGGGGACGAGCGGUGGGAAAGCAAAAGAGAGGAGCAAGGAGAAGGAGGAAGGUGGUGAAGACCUGGAGGAAAGCGUGGUAUAGUCUGGAUAAGGCAGAGCAGGAAAACGUUACAGACGGAUAAAGGCUUGAGGACAGGACGGUGAUUCAGGACGGUGAUUCAGGACGGUGAUUAGAGGUGAAAUUAGGGGAGCGGAAAAUAAGAGAGGUGGGAUCAGAAUGAAGGAGAGGAGUCAGACUGAGUCACAGCCAAUUUAUUUGCCCAGCAAGAAGUCCAGGAAAUUACAUAGAAGAUGGGAAGGAAAAUGUUUAAUUAAAUACUUUGGGUAAGAUGAAAAGAGGAAUAAUCAAAAAUCUAGACAAAAAGAGGGGCAAACAAUAUGAGAAGUAUGCAGCCGCAAAGAAAUCUAAUCAAGAAUCAUAAAAAAAGCAUCAGAAUAAAGGUGAUGUGGCGGAGUCAGGGUGAGCGAAAGCAACAAAGCUGCGGUUCUCCAGAGUCCACCCAUCCACCAACUCAACAAGCACCAUCCAGUGGAUUUAAACUGGAUCAGAAACAAUACAGCUGCGUCUGAAGGCCGCUGCCUUACUCUGGCUCUCACUUCCGACACAGAUCACCUUUCUGAGACGCCUUUUCCCAAAAUAAAAAUAAAAAAACAGUAACUAAAAGAAGCAGCGAGUGUGAAAGAUGUGUCCGGCUGAGGAGCAUUAGGCCGUGUGCGCCUCUGGAUUACAGGAGUAUAAAUACAGAGCCUGGUGCAGCGGACAUGAUCAAUCGAUACGGGCGUGGAAAAGCGAGGCAGUGGGACCGCAGAUGUUAAAAGAAAAAUAUCGAGAUCACAAGUCAAUAUGGAUUACAAAAUGGAGGAGACGCAGGCCUGAUGGAACAUGUGAGUGUCCAUUUCUAAAAGAAGAUCAUGCUGCAUGUCGGGUAAUGGAAAGAAAGGAAUCGUGGUAAUGGCCACAUCAGUGUUGGUGGAGCAGAGACUGGAUGUGUAUUUGCAGACAGGGUCAAUCCAGUAACACACCAUCAGUUUAUAAAAAACAGAAGAAAAAAAGAAGAACACCACAUUUAGUGCUUUCUGGGCAUGCUGGAGAAAGCAGGAAUUUGCACAAUUAUGAUAAGAGGUGUCCUAUCCAAACUGAAAUGCAACGUUUAGAGAUCAAAUGGAUACUUUCAGCACCGUAGCAUCGUCGGAGAGCACAAACUGGUGGAAAAAAAAUCUAAUUUUCAAACUCAUUUUGUGUGACUUUUAGACUUAUUUGUGCCACAUGGGUUCAAAGUUUAAAACCAAACUUAUGAAUGUUGAUAAAAAUAAUUACAAAAUCACUAACAUUCACUCAAAGACUCACUUAAGAGACUCUUAAUGCUUUCAAAAAUAA